ACGAACCAAGCUGUGUUGAAUUGUCAGUCGGUCGGUGGAACUUUGUGCUGCGGGUUAUUUUACUGCGCGUUCAAACUUAGGGCGCAACGAAAUGGUUGCGCCUGACGGUACAGGGACCUCGUUCCUCACGCCACUCUCCGACUAUUUGGGGGCUUCAGAACAUGCCAUUCGACUCCUAUUAUCAAUCUUUCUUGGAUAUCCAAUCGUUCUUUUCCAUCGACACUUUCUCUAUGGACGGUCUCCGAUCUUGCAACAUUUGCUCUUCAUCACCACAGGGUUCUCUGUGGCCUCAUUUUGCUAUGGAUGGGAUAUUCUUCACCUGAUUGGAACUGUAGCAGUUGUGUAUGUCAUAUUAUUGUUAUUUGGUGGCUCUGUAUUUGGAGCAGUUUUAACCCUUUCCUUCACAAUGACGUACCUUCUGUGGGGUUACUAUUCGACAAGCACCGAUGUCUAUGACAUAAAAUGGACCAUGCCCCAUUGUGUUCUUACCUUGAGAUUGACUGGAGUUGCCAUAGAUAUGUAUGAUGGGUCACAAAAAAAGGAAUCUCUAUCUGCUGAGAAUAAAAAAUCAGCCUUGGAUCAGCUACCAUCAAUUUUUGAACUGUACGGCCACUCUUUCUUCCCCUCAGCGUUCCUAGUGGGACCUCAAUUCCACAUGAAAAGAUACCAAAACUUUGUGUCUGGAAAACUUGUUCCAUCAAGUAGCCCCUCUGAAUUGCCAGACUGUGUUAAACCUGCACUUGUCAGAUUGGGAACCGGAAUUUUGUAUCUUAGUAUUUACCAAAUUUUAACACUGUGGGUCCCAGACAUGUAUCCCGAUUCUGAAAGCUUCAUGGAGGAAAGCUUCAUCAAGAAGCACCUGAUGAUAGGAUUGUGGGGUCGCACUACGUUAUAUAAAUAUAUUUCGUGCUGGUUGGUUACAGAAGGAGUGUGUAUUAUGUCAGGAAUCACUUACAAUGGGAAAGAUGAAAAUGAUGAGGCCCUGUGGGAUGGGUGUGCAAAUGUCAAACUGUCAGUGUUUGAGGGUUGUACCAAAUUCAAUCAUUACAUUUUGUCUUUCAACACUAACACCAAUAACUGGAUCGGCCAGUAUGUGUACAAACGUUUAAAGUUUUUGAACAGCAAGCAUGCCUCUCAAGCUGGAGCACUGGGUUUCCUUGCCAUUUGGCAUGGUUUCCACUCAGGAUACUAUGUCUGUUUCCUAAAUGAAUUUAUAGUGAUGCUUAUGGAAAAAGAAGUGGAAAGUCUUCUGGCAAGGAAUGAAAAGGCUGCUGCUUUCCUUGCUAAACCUGUGGUGUCUCCAAUCGUCUGGAUCCUCUUGAAACUUUACACCUUCGUUUUCAUGGGCUUCUGUCUCAUACCAUUUGUCCUGUUGUCAUUCAAUCGGUACUGGGCUUCAUACAAAAGUCUAUAUUUCUCUGGGUACAUCUUUUUCCUUGGAUGGCAUUUGUAUGCUCCUUUAGUUAGAAAGGCUCUCAAGCCAAGCAGGCCCAGAAAUGCUCAUCAGGACUAGAAAUAUUCGUAACAAUGAAUUUCAUCUCUUGGUGGGAAAUUGUGUGAUUUAGUUUUGCCAAAUUAUAUGUGAUUGUUAUUGUUGUUGUUGUUAAUUAAUUUAGCAGUUAAUGUGUCCAAUACGAGCACUGUUUAAUUAUGUUCACUCUUUUAGAUGGAAAUUUAAAGUGCUGCAUUUUCUGUCAAAACUUGCAACUCAAUUGGUUGCAAAAAAUCAACCACAGGAAAACGACCACUCCCUAACUGUUAUAUUUUUAAAGCCUUAUAUUUACUCACUGCUCAUACUUACUUUUAAGUAUCCUGCAAUGUAUUUAAAAGGGCAAACAUAAUUCUAAAAUUUUAGCAUGUUAAAUGUGACUUUGCUUUCUUGCCCAUCUCUCAUAUUUUGAAAAUAAUGAAAAUUACAAAUUAGUAUUCACUGAAGACUUCUUAUUAUUGCAGCUUUUGCAUGUCUGUCUGAAAUAAUUAUAGUAUGCUGUAUUUUGUAUAGUGUUUAUUUACUUUUUAUCUCAUGUACAUCAUCUUUACAUUCAUGCAUGACAACUUAUCAUGAAUUCAACCUUUUCUUUCGGAUGAAAGCAAGGAAUCUGCUAUUGUGUGCACGAGUAACCAUUUGUUACUUUUAACCUGUUGGAAAAAAAUUACACUUUAGUGCACUGUCUGUCAUUGUGUCAAGAUAAAUGAAUGAACUAAUGAAGGUUGUGACUCUAAAAGUUUUAUUUUGAAUAAUGUCACUGAGAAUAGUAAUUGUGCUUACUAUAUUAGGCACAUAAGUGUAUGAAAUGACUGAAAUCUGUGGAGUGUUUAUAAAUGAGUUACAAAUUUGACAAUGUCACUUUAUUUAUUUCAAAUAAUAAUAUUAUUGUUAAUCAUUACCCCAGGUCUGCUUAUAGUUAAUGGUUUCACAGCCAAGAUGAAUUAUGAAACUCAAGCUUCUAGGUGUUAUUUUCCUAACAAAUGUGAUUUUAAAAACCUUUCUCUCAGAGAGAAACAAAGUUAAAGUGCUUUGAAUCCAAGAAGCACUGUUUUGCAGGUUGUGUUAAGUAUGGGAGUACAGUAUGCAUCGAACUGUAUCUAUUUUUUUAUUAAGUUCAUCGAACUUUUUGUCUUUUUUGGAAGACUUACAACUUGUUUUAUAACCCACUGGUUGUUCUUCAGUCAAUGUCAGUCAAAUUCAGAACAAGGUCCCUUGUAGCUGUUUGGAUAAUAGGGCUUUUAUGUCUAAUUACUAUUCUCUAGUGCCUUUUUCAAUGCCCCAUCUUAACGAGGCAUUUUAGAUUAGCGUAGUAAAGCAAACAAUAAGAAUGAGUUCUCUCUCUUUUCAAACUAUAGAUUUGUCUAUCUUGGUAACAUUGUAUUUUGAUUUAUGUGUAUUAGGUGUCACUAUGACCAAAGCAAUCUUUAUAGCCUGCAAAAUUUCAGUUAGGCUGUGCUGUAUUUUGUUCUGUCAUCAAAGAGAUGCCAUAGCAGCAUUAUUGAUUCAUGGAUCUAUCUCUCUAUUCAUGAACACAUCUACUGUAUUUAUUCUUCAAGUGUGCAGGAGUAUUGCUGUUGUAACAAGCACUCAGAUUUUAAUUCUUUGUUUGAGAAUGCAGAUUGCUCAAUGUCCGUAACCCAUAGUUUUCUGUGUUGAUGUAGUAGCCUGUCAUGAAAGAUAUUUGUAAUCCGCACAAAGAUUGGUUUGGUUUUGAGGAAUGUAUUAGACUUAUCAGUGUUCGGAUGGAAGAUACGUACAAGUUAAGGAUUUAUGAAACAUUUAGUGUUUAGCUAAAACCUCUUUCAUCUUCAGCAGUUUUUGAGCCUAGUACUUUUCAUGCUUUCCCAGUUUUAUGUACUUAAAAAUGUAAUUGAAUGGACAUCGAAUGUGUGCAACUUGUUAUCAUUCUGAAACCUUUUGCUUAAAUGCUAAAAGUAACCUAAAGUAUUUUCCGGUACAACGAACAGCCCCAGAGAAACAAUCUUAAGCAAAUGUCAUGCUCAAUUUACAAUUAAACAUUCCUGAUUACAUCACCAAAUUUGAGAACUAUUAAGUCUGAAAUUCUGGAUAGUUGCGAUUUUCUUCUUUUGAAAGAAAUCUUCUCUGCCUGUUUAUUCCCAGUUCGUCCAAAUGAAACUGAAUAAAUCCGUUUAUCUAAGACUGAUUGGACUUCUAUGACAGUUGAUACCUCUGUGUUACUGCCUGUUUAGAAGAUGUAGAUUAUGAAAACAAAAGGGAAAGUUAAUUAAUAUAAAACUAAAGGUCUGUCCUCAAUGUAUUAGCUAACCCAUCGAUACUCCUAAAGAAUGUACUUUCAAUAAAUGUUUUUGUCAAUGUUCCAAA